CGAGGCAUCCGGCCAAGGCAGACCUCACUUCGCCCCUCCUCUCCCUCUUUUGAAACGCUCGCUCCUAGCCUAUAAGAGUUUUAGUCUCUCGCGGAACCUGGCUAAGAUGAGCGCGGAGAGCUGACUGCGGGGCGGAGGUGUGCAUCAGCCCUAACCAUGACUGUGUAACUCAGGGAUGUCCUGGUCAAAGUAUCAAAGGUCCACCACCGAAAUCCGGAAGGAGAAAUCGCGAGACGCAGCGCGAUGCCGGCGGAGCAAGGAGACGGAGGUGUUCUACCAGCUGGCCCACACCCUGCCCUUUGCCCGGGGGGUGAGCGCCCACUUGGACAAAGCCUCCAUCAUGCGGCUGACCAUCAGCUACUUAAGAAUGCAUAAGCUGCUGAAUUCUGGAGAAUGGCGAGACCAAGUCAAAGCGGAAGAACAGGUGGAUUCGUACUAUCUGAAGGCCUUGGAUGGCUUCCUGAUGGUCCUGACUGAGGAAGGGGACAUGAUCUACCUCUCUGAGAAUGUCAACAAGCACCUGGGUCUCAGCCAGCUGGAGCUGAUUGGCCACAGCGUUUUCGAUUUCAUCCACCCCUGUGAUCAGGAGGAGCUGCAGGAUGUGCUGAGCCCCAGGCAGGGUUUCUCCAAGAAGGCGGAAGUGAAGACGGAGCGGAAUUUCUCCUUGCGCAUGAAGAGCACGCUCACCACCAGGGGGCGCACCGUCAACCUCAAGUCUGCCACCUGGAAAGUGCUGCACUGCUCUGGGCACAUGCGCUCCUAUGCGCCUUCCAAGCCGGCCACAGGAAAGGAAGGGGAAGGGGGCUUUGCGGAACCCCCCUUGCGAUGCCUGGUGCUCAUCUGCGAGGCCAUCCCGCACCCCGCCAACAUUGAGACCCCCCUGGACAGUGGCACCUUCCUCAGCCGCCACACCAUGGACAUGAAGUUCACCUACUGCGAUGACAGGAUUGUUGAGAUGGCCGGUUACACCUCCGAAAGCUUGCUUGGCUGCUCCCUCUACGAAUACAUCCAUGCCUUGGAUUCGGAUUCCGUCAGCAAGAGCAUCAACACCCUGCUAAGCAAGGGCCAGGCCGUGACCGGGCAGUACCGCUUCCUAGCCAGGAAUGGUGGUUACAUCUGGAUCCAGACAGAGGCCACCGUCAUCUCCAGCAGCAAGAACUCCCAGCCUGAGAGCAUCGUCUGCAUUCACUUCGUCUUGAGCCAGGUGGAAGAGAACGGACUGGUCCUGUCCCUGGAGCAAACGGACCGCCAAGGCGAGCAUCGCCGGCUGCCCCCACCCUGCCUCGAAGGGCUGGACUCCGAUAGCGCCUUGGAAGAGAUGGACCCCAACGGAGGAGACACCAUUAUCAACCUCAGCUUUGAGCUUCGUGGUCCCAAAAUCCUGGCCUUCCUGCGCCCAGCCAACAUCAGCGAGGAAGAAUUGCAGCUGGAUCCCAAGCGCUUCUGCAGCCCGGAUCUCCAGAAAUUGCUGGGGCCCAUCUUCGACCCGCCUGGGACCCAGAACUCGGCAGGGGGCACUGGGCGGGCAAAGCCUCCCGCCCCGGUUCCCAAGACGGCUCCGGUUGUUAAGAAGAUGUCUGGAAAUCACAAUCUAUCGGACCUGCCGGAGGAGUUGAUCUUCGACAUGGAGAACGUCCAGAAGCUCUUUGCAUCCAACAAGGAGGAGCAGAGCAUGGAGACGGCACUGCAGGAUUAUGAAGGCCUCGAUUUAGAGAUGCUGGCUCCUUACAUCUCGAUGGACGACGAUUUUCAGCUCAGCAGCACCGACCAUCCGCCAUGGCUGACCGAGAAACGAGGAGAUCCGGGGGCAGGACCCCGGCCCGCCUCACCCCCUCCAAGGCCUCGCUCUCGCAGUUUCCAUGGCGUGUCCCCACGCCCACCAGAACCGGCUCCUCUUCCCCGCUGGGGCAGCGACAGCAGUUUGAGCCAAGGCCGCCCCAUCGAGACCCCUUUGGCCAACUCGCCCUGCGGAGAAGGCCAGAUGGUGGAGAUGGUGGCAUCGGUCAAGAUUCAGUCUGUGCAGGAUGGAACCGGUCUGAAUGGCCAGAGGUCUCCCUUGGGCGGGAGGAAGAGGACUCGGGAGAUUAGCCUGGAUGAAGAGAGGGAUCUCUUCCUGGAGACCAUCCCCCCCAAGCGUGCCCAUAACCAUGAGGCUGAGGGAUUCCUGAUGCCCUCGCUUAGCCUGGGCUUUCUGCUCAGUGUGGAAGAGUGUCUGGAUGCCCGGUCUGAGCGGGGCUGCGGAGGCACUGUGGCCCUGGGCAAGAAGCUGCUGGCCCUGGAGGAACCCAUGGGCCUCUUAGGAGACAUGCUGCCCUUCGUAGUGGACGGACCAGCGCUCUCCCAGCUGGCCCUGUACGAUGGCGAGGAGGAGGUCUCCGGGCGUGGUGGAGAGCACUUCCAGCUGGGGGAGGAACUCCUGGUGGAGCUGGACCAGGCCACCUGAAGUGGCACCCUUGACCGCCCCCCCACCGCACCUUCAUCCCACACUCCUGCUCUGCAGAUGGGACACCCGGAACCAAAUCCAACCAAAUGCCCUCGGGGAGGGGUUCCUCCCGGCCCCUUCCCCGCCCGUCCACCCUCCACUGGCGUUCUUAGGACUCUUCCUACCUCAGUCCCGUCCCCUUCCCCAGGCAGCCUCUCCCCUCCGGAGACGGUUGGGAGGAAGGUCUCUGCCACCCCAUUUGGUGCUUAUCCGCCUGAAUGUUCUUGAAUCAAGAGGAAGGGGGACAGGAGUGGGACCGAUUCACGGAGGGGUCUGCUCUCUUCAUCCCCCCAAAGGAAGAGAAAGCACCACAGAGGGAUCCCCCCGGACGAGAAAGAGCGGUGCAGCUACCCCGUGGGAGACUCAGAACCCAUGGGGCUGUACCUUCUCCUCUGUCCUCAGCUCGCUAGGACAGAUCCUUCAGAAUUCGCCCAGGCUGUAAGAUCAGCCGUUCCUGGGCCAAAGGGGUUCACCCCUUUGAGGGAGGUGAAAAGUGUGGGAGGGCCUACUCUGAGAAUAGGGCGAACAUCUGCGUUAGCCUCUCAAGGGACGCCUCUCCACGACUUGCCCAAAAUACUUACGGUGCCUCCCAUUGACCUCAAACCAAGGUCUCAUCUUUUAUAAAGGAAAGCCAGAGAGGUCCUCGGAGCGUCUGCUUCUGAGAGGACAUUUUGGCCAGGUGAGAACACCUGUCCUGGACUCUAGAAUGAUAUUUUCCCGCUACGAUGGCCAACAGAUGGAAUAAUCAGUCCCCAGAACGCUGGUGCUUCGGCCCUAUCUGGGCCUACUUAAAGAUCUCUCUUUGUUUACAAAACGCUCUCUCACACGUUCUGUGCGGAGAAAAUCGGAUGCCAUGUAGAAAACAAGGCAAGAUGCAAAGAAAACUCUCAGAAAAACCACACCUAUUUUAAAAAAAAGAAAAAACAUGCCAGGCCAGCUUCCCUGAUCAAGCAGUCGCCAGGUGUGUUUUGAAUGCAGGUAGCAGAUCCGUGACUUGUCCAGCUGUCACGGCAAGCCAAAGCACAUCUGGAAACAGCCGGAUUGGGGAAGACUGGCUAGCUUGAAAAUUUUUGAAGCCUAGGGGGGAAAAAAAACCCUUGAAUAGGAAACAACCAAAAAAAAAAAAAUUGAAAAAACCCAAUACCCCAUACAACAUUUCAAACCUGUCAGUAGUCAAAACUGACUUUCCAGAAAAUUAGGGGAAAAAAAAUAAUUGCAAAAUCCUAAAAAGGGAUUGACAAAUCCUAAAUCCGAAGAGAAAUUUUCAGGAGCCUUAAAAGUACGGUCUAAAAGAAAAAAGAAAAAAAAAAAAGACAAUCUCCACGACGAGCUUUUUGUCGUAAAGAGGAGAACGGCCGUCUUCUGUUUCUAAACUUCGAGAUGGACGGCUGAUCGCGAACAACUUUGAUAACGGGAAAAACAAAACGCUUUUCGUUAAGCGAGUUUGAACCGGUGCUAUGAAAUGUUAUCCGUUGUUAGAAAUGACAUUGUUGUCGAUAUUUCAAUCACUAUUUUUUUUUCUACUUUAACGAAAGGGGAAUUGAAAUUUCCAAAAGGUGCUCCCCUUCCUUGUGUUUUUAACACCUCGAUCCCCGUCACGCUUACUUCGAAGUAAGUUGCGCUAAAAUCAGUGCAGCUCAGUUCAAAGUAAUGGUGUAUUAGGUGGUUUUUCAAACUUGGCUACUUUAAGAUAUGUGGACUCCAACUCCCAGAAUUCCGCAGCCAGCUUUGCUGGCUGGGGAAUUCUGGGAGUUGAAGUCCACACAUCUCAAAAGUUUGAAAAACCGUUGUGUAGGAAUUACAUCCAACUUUUUUAAAGCCCAAUUUUAUGAAUGUUUUACUUAGAAGCUAAUCUCAUGGUGCUCAGUGGAUUUACUUUAAUUUCAACUCGAUCGAUUGCAAUCUUACUGGCAGCAUGGAAAAGUGACUCUGUUUUGGCUCGUGAUGGGAAAAACAAUUUUUUCCAAUGAAAUCCCCGAGUUCCACCAUAACUCCUCAAUGGGCUUAAAAAAACGGAGCCGCUUUUCCAUUCUGCAAGUCUUGGACAAGCAGACAUUAUCAAAACGUUCAUUCGCCUUUCCUCUUGUCCCGUCUUUGGAACUGAGGAGGCCCACCCACUCCCCCCAAAGCUUUAAUAUUUAUAUAAAGGGGUUGCACUUAAUUAAAUAAUCUUGAACGGUGGCCCAGGAAGGAGAAUGUUGGCCAGUGUGUAAGUCCCGUUGUAACGUUAUCCCAGCGAGUAAAGCUUGAUUUAGACUUGCUUGCAACUGUCCACAGGCAUCGACACAUUUCCGCUGCAGACAGCUUGAGGUCUUCUAGUCCAACCCCCUGCUCAAGCAGGAAACCCUCUACCAUUUCAGACAAGUGGUUGUCCAAUCUCUUCUUAAAAACUUCCAGAGUUGCAGAAUUCACAACUUCUGGAGGCAAGCUGUUCCACCGAUUAAUUGUUCUCACUGUCAGGAAAUUUCUCCUUAGUUCUAGGUUGCUUCUCUCCUUGAUUAGUUUCCAUCCAUUGCUUUUUAUCCUGCCUUCAGGUGCUUUGGAGGAUAGGUUGACUUCCUCCCACCCCUUCUUUGGGGCAGCCCCUCAAAUACUGGAAGACUCCUAUCAUGUCACCUCCUGGUCCUUCUUUUCAUUAAUCUAGAUAUACAGUUCCAGCAACCAUUCCUUAUAUUCACUUACCUUCGCUAUCGGUUCGCAAAUGUGAGUGUGCAUGUGCAGAGGGUCAAAAACGGGAUGUGAUGACGUCCAGGCAGGUGGGCAGAGCCUCUCACAGCCGCCACUACCGGUUUUUCCCGAACCGGAUGGAACUGUCUGAAUACCACCACUGCUUAUAUGUUUUAACCUCCAGUCCCCUAAUCAAUUAAUUACUCAAUCAUUCAAUCAAAAGACUCUGGUUGCUGGAAAUAAUCUGCCUUUUAAUCCCACGAAGCCAAUUCUGAAGUCCACAUUCUUGAUGGCAGGAUCAGGCACGAGAUAGGCCAGGGGUCUUCAAACUUGACAGCUUUAAGACUUGUGGACUUCAACUUCCAGAAUUCUCCAGCCAGCUGGCUGGAGAAUUCCGGAAGUUGAAGUCCACAAGUCUAAAUUUGAAGACCUUUGAGAUAUGCCAACAACGGUGCACACCUCCCAAAUCCCAACUCCGCGUCGUGCGGAGAUGCACCCGCUUCAUGCCAAUCGUUGGACACCUCCUAUGUUGUUAUGCGCUUUGUCCUUCAAGCACCGCGUAGCCAGGACGUCAACAUUCGCAGAAUUAUGAAGGCCACAGCUACACAACCGUCUCCAAACGACAGGCAGGGUACGUCCCCUGGCGUGCAAUGAGGCCGAAGUCUAAAUCAAGCUUUAAACACUUGACCGAAUAUCCCACCGGACCCCGACCGAAAUUCUCCUCUCUGUGUGGCACUUAAAAUCCCCGCAACCCUUCCCUACAAAUACCACAGGGACGCUCUGUCAAUCAAUGCCUUUAGCAAUGGGUUGGGAAGGAGGUCCCCCAAUAUGCCCUCUUUAGGAAAAGAACGAGUUUGCUUGUUUGGGGUUUUUUCAUUUUUAUAUAGAGCUAUAGAUAGAUAUAAAAAUCCCUCAGUUGCUUAGCUCACGGCCUUGCUACUUUUAACAGCAAAAUUUGACCUAGCUUUUUUGCAUGUUAAAGGUUGGAUUUCGCACCCGGUCCCGAACCAGGCUUACUCUGCACAAUUCACUGCUUUCCCCUCCCGCUGUGCAAAUCCUUUGGAUUUAAAAAAAUAAUAAUAAGGAAAACGGAGUGAUAGGAGACAAGUGUAAGCUAAAACCAGUGUUUCUCACGCCUCCCUUAGGUGUGUGUAUGUGUGUGUCCCGUUGGUGCUUGUGUGUGAGUAAGGUUGUCAUUUAGCUGACGGGAGACCCAGGGACCCCCACUUUUCCGUAGCAGAAGUGGCCUGGUGUCCCAGCUAGGUAACAGCCCAAAAAAGAUCUCAAUUUCAGAAGCUCCAUAUUUGUAUAGAACUUUUAGCCAAGUUCUCUCAUCCCUCUUGGUGCUUUCUUCUCCUCGGCCCCCCACACACGUGGGGACACUCAGUAAGGGGGGAGCACCCAUCCACAGGCGUUAACGGGCCCACAUAGGACAGGCCCAUGGUCUACGCACGAUGGCCCCCGUUUUCCAGAGUGGGGGCCCACUCCCAUCCAGCUGGGGAAUGACCGUUUUGCAAAAAUUUCGGGGUCUGUUCCCCCUCUGGCGAGAGGCGGCAACGGGAUGGGCAAGCUCUAUUUCGGAGGCCCCCCCACUCCCGUUCUCUUUCCUGAUCAGCCGCAUAGAAAACCGCACUCUUAAAGAGGGGCCGGCCCUGCCCUGGACACCAUCUUUGCCUCGGUCAUUGUUCACCCGUGCCUUCAUGUUGACAACUUCACCAGCUGCAACCGCAAAACACCAACCCGGUCACGAAUCCGGCCACUUCCAAUCGUUUUCCCGGUUGAGGAGUGAACACGGCUGCGGCCAGUGGCACAGCGGAAUGGGAGAACGUGGCUAAUUCCCAGACCCUCUUGCACAAGGUAGGUUCCUCCUUGGUGCCAUGGAGCAUGGGACCCCCUUCCUGACGACGUCGUUCCUUUGCAAGUUUCGCAGUUCGGAACGCGAGAAGAUCGCCGAAGAGGGUUGUGAGGAGAACCCGCUCCACUCGGACCUACCAUCCCGGACUGUUUCCCUUUCGUCGCAAGCCAAGCUCUCACGCACACUUACGUGUACACCCAAGAUACAAGCGCACACACCAAUGCAGUACACCAAGCACGCGCAAUCUCACAAAUCGACGGGCCACAACUGGCUCAGGCAGCUGUAUUUUUUUUUUUUUCAAAAGCCGCACUUGACAAACACGCACAGAACAAUAGAAUUUCAAAGCCAGGUGAAGAACGCAGGAUAAGAUGUCUCUCUCUCUUUCUCUCUUCUUCUCGUUUUUGUUGAGUUUGUUAGGAUUCUAAUUUUAAAUUCCCCAGCCACAGAGCAAAGGGGCAUCUUUGCCUCCACUGACCGUCCGCUGUUCCAUUUUGCUUUCUUUGUAUCGUGUAACCUUUCAAAUCCAUUUCCUCCUCCUUCUUUUCUUAGAGAACCUGGUGGGAAAAAAAUGAUGGUUCUCCCCGAUUAUUGUUGCCGUUGCCGUUUUGCUGUUAUCAUAGGAAUUGUAGCUUUUUAACCUGAUCGUCUGCCCCAAAGCUGGACGCUGCCACCGCCUGCACGCUUCUCCUCUGAAUGUCCGCAGACCAGCUCCUCUUGGGGGAGGAAGAGCAAGAGGCUGGUGUCUCUGGGUUGCCUGGGCCAGCGCCCGUGUCCACAACCCCUCCUCUCUUGGCCUGCGAGGGGAACGUUUCUCGCCUGCUGUGGCCGUUUGUACUUCUGGGGACGCGUCGCGUAACGGCGACGUUUGGUGCUAAAGCUCUCCCCCUGAGCAACGGUGCUCUGUUCCUCCUUGAAUUUAGACCACGUUGUGGCCAUGGUGCUCUCGUCCUCUUUCCAAGUCACCUGGAACGGCUGCCAGCCAACACCAGCCGGGUGGCCGACCACCCGCCCGAUCCCGAUGGAGAUCUGACCUCUGGCUGGCAGCGCUGCCCAAGUGCCCAUGGUGCUCUUCUCUCUCUCACGCCCCCUCCGCCCCGCCAGAUGACCCAGAGGCAGUGGUGCUAAGAACCCCUUGCCCCUCUCAGCCUUUACUCAGAGGUCGGUUUGAAAAGCAGAACCGCCAGCAAAAGAGCCCCUCGGCUCUUCGAGUUUGCCUUGACCGGGAAAUGCAACGGAUGUCCUUCCAGAGACCUUCAGAAGAAAUUGGAGAUGGCGGCAGCUCAGCGUGCCCAAAAAAAUGCCUGUCUUCGGUCGCUCUGUCGCUAGCCAUGCGGUGCCCUCCCUCCGCUCUCCAGCGGUAGUGGGUGGACGGUGGGUUGUGAGAAGCGAGUGGUCGCUUCCCUUUGCUGAUGGGUGCCACCUAGCCCAAAGCAGAAGGUCAACAGAGAUUCUCAAUCCUCCAGGUCAGGAGUCUCCAACCUUGGCAACUUUAAGACUUGUGGACUUCAACUUCCAGAAUUCCUCAGCCAGCUUUGAGUCCACAAGUCUUAAAGGCCUGUUGAAGUUGAAGUCCACAAGUCUUAAAGUUGCCAAGGUUGGAGACCCCCUGCUCCAGGUCAUGCUUGUCCCAAAAGGUUUUUUCUCCCCCCAAAAGGCAACUGGACUUCCUUGUUUUUCUUUGGAAACGUUUCGCUUCUCAUCCGAGAAGCUUCUUCAGAACUAAUGAAGCUUCUUAGAUGAGAAGCGAAAUGUUUUCAAUGGGAAAAAAAACCCAAGACAUUCCAGUUGCUUUUUGAGUGGGAAAAAAAACCCACCUUGGGGCACCAAGUGGCACCCAUGAUCUGCUUUCCCCCAACUCGACGCCCUCCAGAUGUGUUGAUCUUCUGCUGCCAUCGUCUCAGCCAGCUCUAGCCAUGCUGGCUAGGAAUGUUAGCAGCAAAUAUUCCAAAGUCUGAGAGGUAUUCCAAACUGAUGAGAUUGGGGUACAGCAGGCUGACCCACUGGCGGCCUACCGACAUUGGCGCACUCCCAUCGUCUCUUCCUAGACGGAGAAGAGUGGAUCUUCAAUGGUCUCUGGAAGGCCACCCGCUCUACCCCGCUACGAUCCAGAGACACAACCUCUUGCUCUUCCGGCCACCCCCUUUUACGCACACGCAUCGCCUUUCGCCCAUACGGUUGUUGUGCCAGCCAGCAUUGAUAAAGAUUGAGGUCUGGAAGCUGCCUUCUGGAGAGGUUUUUCCUGGUGGACAGGACUCCUUGAGGUUCAGCCUUGCUCAACAUUCUCUGGUGCCAAACCUGAGGUCUCUGGCCCAGGAGAUCCUUGUUUUAUCUCGAUGCUAAAGUAGUCCAACUAUCUGGCCGGGUGCCCUGUGUGAUCUGGAUAUGUGCCCCAGAGAUGGGCCCGGCAUCCUUGAGUCCUCCAAAGCCUUGAUAAUAUUCUCUCCUUGUCCUACAGGCCUUUGAGACUAUACAUCCAUCCCUCAAGUGCCUCAUCUUAUUUCCAACUGGGGCUGGUGGGUGCCAGUAAUUUGUUUUUAAGCCAGGUUUGCUUAUCACAGGACGCCAGGCAAAACAACGGGUUUAAUCAAUACAGACUAAGAAUCCAUGCUAUGCCAUCUCAGGAACAUUUGAGUGUUUGUGGCAGCUUUGUUGAAAAUGUGUAGUUAUGCAAACUGGUUAGAGAUUAGAGGCCAAUGAUUAAUAAUAUAUCAUUUUCAAAAUCCUGAUAGAAGAGAAUAUUUGUAGCUCAGAGUUGAACUGUGGAGGCCUUGGUGCUCUCUUGCGUUGGUGUGUGUGUGUGUGUUUUUUUUGUAGACAUUUCAUGACCCAACUAGGAAAUAACAUCAGUGUUGGAAGGGAGGAGGGUUGUGGAGAAGAGGAGGGGUCCUUGGUGCUCUCUGAGCUUGGUUGCUUUCUUGCAGGUGUUUCACGACCCAACUAGGGAACAUCAUCCGUGCUAGAAGGGAGGUGCGGUUUGCUCUCUCUACAAUGAGUUUGCUCUACAGAGAGCAAACCACACUCCUUCUAGCACUGAUGAUGUUACAUAGUUUGGUUAUGAAAUGUCUUCAAGGAAGCCACCAAGCUCAGAAUGCUCUCGGAACCCCACAAAAACCUGAUGUGUUGAACUUCAGCCUUUAUCAUCCCUAUUCAGCCCAGCCCAGAUCAUGGGGGGCUGAAUUCAGAAGGCCCUGAAGCAGUAAAAACACGCAGCAAAUGGGAAGAUAAAGAAAUGCAACUUGUUCAACAGAAUUGAAUUUAUCACACCGAGUUCAGGUUAAUCCAGAGUGACCUUGGUUUUAAGAUCAGGUUAGUGUAAAUAAGUCUUCACUUUGGAUUCGGACAAUUGGGGUUAGCUCUUUCAGACACGUCUACCUGGGAAGGUGGUUCAGUUUUUCUCACGUCAGUUUCCUAAGUUCUGAUGGCAAGGAAUCCACUUGAGCAAUCAAUCCAGGGAGACAAUUCAGGAAUGUUAGAGACAGCAAUUCCCCCAGAAAAUCAUCUGCCUCUACAUCUUGAACCAACCUCCAGGUUAACCAAUCUUCUUAACUUGAUGUUUCUCAACCUUGGUGACUUUAAGAGGUGUGGACUUCAACUCCCAGAAUUCCCCAGCCAGCAAUGCUGGCUGGGGAAUUCUGGGAGUUGAAGUCCACACCUCUUACAAUCGCCAAAGUUGAAUAAGACCUUGGUAAAGGUGACCCUGUGGCUGAACACCAGACCUGUCUGUGAAAAUCUGGCUGGCAUGACGAGGAUUUUUGGGAAGGCUCUUUCGAAGGAGAUAACCGUGCAGAAGGCUUCAGCGUCUUUAAAAGCUUUGGGAUCUGUUCAUAUAUAUAAUUUUUAUACAUAUAUAUAUAAAUAUAUAUAUUAUUUUCCUCUUAUCUUUGUGUAUGGUUAAUUUUUUUCCCCCCUCUCUGUGGCGAGAUCCAGUUUGGCCCCUGUUAUGUCUGUAUGUAUCACUGUUGUGAAACAUAAAAUACGUCUGGUAACAUGCAAAGGA